AUGCCGUCCAGGAGCUCCCUCCUCCCGCUCCUGCUCCUCUGCACCGCCGCUGCGGCGUCCUCCACGCCCUCGCGCAAUGCUGAGCUGGACGCGCUGAUGGAGCUCAAGGCGGCGCUGGACCCGUCCGGGCGGGCGCUGGCCUCGUGGGCGCGCGGCGGCGACCCCUGCGGCCGCGGGGACUACUUCGAGGGCGUCGCCUGCGACGCCCGCGGCUGGGUCGCCACCAUCUCGCUCCAGGGGAAGGGGCUCGCCGGCACCGUCCCGCCCGCCGUCGCCAUGCUCCCGGCUCUCACCGGCCUCUACCUGCACUACAACGACCUCGGCGGGGAGAUACCGCGCGAGCUCGGCGGACUUCCUGACCUCGCUGAGCUCUACCUCGGCGUCAACAAUCUUUCUGGCGCCAUUCCCGUCGAGCUCGGCCGACUCGGUAGCCUCCAAGUACUGCAGCUCGGCUACAACCAGCUCUCAGGGAGCAUUCCAACUCAGCUGGGUCAACUAAAUAAGCUCACUGUUCUUGCCCUUCAGUCCAACCAGCUCACUGGCGCAAUUCCGGCUUCCCUCGGGGACUUGCCAGCACUGACUCGGCUGGACUUGAGCUCCAAUCAACUCUUCGGAUCAAUCCCAGCCAAACUUGUUGAGAUCCCUCAUCUUGCAACGCUAGACCUCCACAACAACACACUUUCAGGAAGUGUUCCCUCUGGUCUGAAGAAGUUGAAUGACGGGUUUCUGUAUGAUAACAAUUCAGAGCUCUGUGGAGCUCAAUUUGGUUCUCUGAAAGCUUGUCCUAACGAUGGCAAUGACGAUGGCAGAAUGCCGCCUAAACCUGAAUCAACCUCUGUCAAGCCCCAACAGAUUCAAAAGACAAUCGACCUCAACAGGAAUUGCGACAAUGGAGGUUGCUCAAAACCUUCGACACUUUCUACAGGGGCUGUUAUUGCUGGAACAGUCAUCAUUGUAGCUGGAGCAGCAGCCUGUGGCCUGUCUGUAUUCUCAUGGCACCGUCGCCAGAAGCAGAAGGUUGGCAGUUCUGUUGAGCAUUUGGAAGGCCGGCCUAGCCUGGACCAGUCAAAGGAAACGUAUCAGAGAAGUGCGUCCUCACUGAUCAAUGUUGAGUACUCCAGUGGCUGGGACACUUCAUCCGAGGGGUCACAGCAUGGAGUGAGGUUGUCGUCAGAGGGCUCCCCAAGCGUGAGGUUCAACCUCGAAGAGGUGGAAUGCGCCACGCAGUACUUCUCAGAUGUGAACUUGCUCGGCAAGAGCAAUUUCGCCGCGACGUACAAGGGGAUCAUGCGCGAUGGAUCGGCUGUUGCAGUCAAGAGCAUCAACAAGAGCAGCUGCAAGUCGGAGGAGGCCGACUUCCUGAAAGGCCUCCGAAUGCUGACAUUGCUGCGGCAUGAGAACCUUGUCGGCCUGAGGGGCUUCUGCCGGUCCCGGGCAAGGGGGGAAUGCUUCGUCGUCUAUGAGUUCAUGGCCAACGGGAGCCUUUCCCGGUAUCUUGACGCCAAGGAAGGCGAUGCGGAUGCCGCUGUCCUCGACUGGCCUACAAGGGUCUCCAUCAUCAAAGGCAUUGCCAAGGGCAUCGAGUACCUCCACAGCAGCAAGGCAAACAAGCCGUCGCUCGUGCACCAGAGCAUCUCGGCAGACAAGGUCCUGAUCGACCACCUCUACACGCCACGCCUCUCGGGGGCCGGCCUGCACAAGCUGCUGGCCGACGACGUGGUGUUCUCGACGCUCAAGGACAGCGCGGCGAUGGGGUACCUGGCCCCGGAGUACACGACGACGGGGCGGUUCACGGACAAGAGCGACGUGUACGCGUUCGGCGUGGUGGUGCUGCAGGUGCUGUCCGGGCGGCGCGCCGUGUCGCCGCACCUCCGGCAGGGCUGCGGCGGCGCGGCGGUGGCGGCGGAAUCGUCGUCCGCCUCCGGCAGCGGGGGGCGGCUGGACGACCUCGUGGACCCGCGCCUGUGCGGGCGGUUCUCGCGGCCCGAGGCCGCCAAGCUCGCAGGCGUCGCCCUGCUGUGCACUGCCGAGGCGCCCGCGCAGCGCCCCGCCAUGGCCGCCGUGCUGCAGCAGCUCGGCUGCACCAGCCAGUGA